AUGACACCCCCACGAGACAAGAAGCUACGAAAACGACGCAGUGUCUUCGGUCUCUGGAUCCCAGCCAAAGUCGUUCCUUUUAGCAACAGAUUCGAUCCGUCUCCCGCUGAUUCUGCAGUGUCAGACUCUCCUGCGUUAGAUUCCAUCAUUCGUCCCCGCAGAAGUCGAGAUCGUCUGAAGGUCCGCUUGACUCGGAGUGGAUCGAAGAUUCUAUUCUUAUUUGGACUGGGAGGAUCUUCCAAUGGUAACAAGACGAGUGCCGGGUUUGGAUCCUGUGGAAAUAUUUCAACCCCGGAAGGAGACCAGACCCCAUCAUCCGAAGUUGCAGAAAGAGGCAGCCCUAUCUCUUUGACUAGCGAUGGUUCCCCAGAAAGUGAAUCGCCCGCUGUCGCUCGCUCAAUUGAUGUCCACCCGCCAGCUACUCCCGCUCUCAACAACCCUGCUGUGACCCCCGCAGAUUGCCAUAUAUCAACGGCGGCGACUGAUAUAGGGACUGGUGAAUGCGAGACGCAAAGGCACCUUGCCAAUGAAGAUUCUGGUUGUUUUCUCAUUGGUAGCGAACCAGCAAGCCUCCCGAAUUCAACACUAGUUGACAGAGUUUCCCAACGAUUCUCACACACAUUUGGACAUCCAACAGUUAUUCGCCGUGCCCACUUGCGAUCAAGACCAAGUAUUCCUUUCCGGGAAUAUUCAACAACAAGCACUCCAGAUAAGCAAGGUGAUGGUGCCGGUGACAGUUCCGAUCCCUCCACGGCUCCGAGUAGCAACGAGUCCCCCCUUGUCGGAGUUGCCACCCCGCCGACUCCAGUGACCUCUGAAGAGAAAUCCGCCUCAUCAGAAAAAUAUACUGUAACUUCAGGAGGACUUGAUUUGCCGGACUGUGCUUCAGAUCUCAACACUACCGCGGGAAGCAGAUCGCCAACACUCGCACCAUCCAUCUUGACUAUUGAAUCUACCUCAGCGGCCAAGAUAUACCUGGAGCUAUAUUUCAAUUCUAUCUUCCAGAAUGUUGACCCAAGAGUGCACCGGCAGCAUGAAUUGGAGCAGCACAUGUAUGCUUUUCAACUCUCCCCCGAGGCCCAGGCCGAAACCAGAAGAAACUGGCUUCUCCAGGAGAACGGAUAUCUACGCCAAUGUCGAAACUUGAAAACGAAGAUCCGAAGCACCCGAGUCGAAGGAAUAACUUCUAUUGCCGGCUACGAGACCAUCAAGAUACUGGGUAGAGGCAGCUUUGGUGUGGUGCGCCUUGUACGUGAGAAAGACGACACCAAGAGCGAUGGCGAGGUAGAGCGUACAUCCAGACCAGAGAGAACUUUGUCCAACCCUAGACCCAGAUCUAUUGGAGCAUUGGGAUCCGCAGCAGACGGAGCCAAAAAUGGCCGGCGGAAGGUUAUGACAGGAGAGAAGAAGGAGGUAUACGCAAUGAAGGUGAUCAGAAAGCGCGAAAUGAUCAGCAACUCCCAGGAGGGUCACAUUCGAGCGGAGAGAGAUUUCCUUGUUGCAUCCGAAAGGUCUCAAUGGGUGGUUCCGUUGAUAAGCAGCUUUCAAGACAAAGCCAACCUCUACCUUGUCAUGGAUUACAUGGUCGGCGGAGACUUUCUUGGGCUGUUGAUCCGCAAAGACAUUCUUCGUGAAGAGUGGACCAGAUUUUACGUCGCAGAAAUGAUUUUGUGUAUCGAAGAAGCUCACCGACUUUGUUGGAUUCACCGUGAUAUUAAACCAGACAACUUCCUCAUUUCCGCCUCCGGUCACUUGAAGAUUUCUGACUUUGGGCUGGCUUUCAACGGACAUUGGUCUCAUGACCAAGUUUACUACCAUAAUCAGCGCUACUCUCUUCUGGAAAGGCUCGGUGUUACUAUCAAAGGCGACAAAGAAGAUCAGUCUCAGAUGGCAGAGAAUGAGGAUAAUUCUCCUGAUCCAAGGCUCCAUGGCCUGGAAGACCCCUCCAGAUACAGCCCGCCAUCGACAGAUUUGUUGGAGUGGCGCAACGGCAAAGAGAGACGAAGAUUCGCAAAGAGCGUGGUAGGAACAAGUCAGUACAUGGCUCCAGAGGUUAUCCGAGGUGAGAUGUACGAUGGGCGAUGUGACUGGUGGAGCCUGGGAGUUAUUAUAUACGAGUGUUUUUAUGGGUUUACCCCAUUUGCUUGUGAGAAUCGCCAUGACACCAAGGUGAAAAUCCUAGUAACAACACUCAAGAAGCUUGAAAUUCCCCAGGGAAAAACCAACCGACAAGAUUGUAUCGCAAGAUGCAAUCGAUCUCAUCAGUCGAAUUCUCCAGGAACGAGAGUUUCGACUGUGUUCCCGAGAUACCAUGUCAAUGACAUAUUGAUCGGCCGGCCUGUCACCUCCAAUUUCUUGUAUUCAAUGGAUCCUCGAUAUCAACACAUAAACAGUUAUUAUGUGUUCCCGAAUGACGCCGUGGAGAUCAAAGCCCACCCAUUCUUCAGAGGAAUCCAGUGGAACCAACUUCAUUUGACUCAACCGCCAAUGACCCCCCGCGUCAAGAACUGGGAAGACACCCGAUAUUUUGAAGAUUGGAAAUCCAGUGGCAACGCCGAAGAGUUUGUAGGGGACAGUGACAAUCAGGAGUCCGAGGAAAAGUCCGAGGACAAACCGAAUGUUUCGCUGAUGGAGGUCUCCUCAUCCUAUCAAAUCCACCCGUUGCCUGAUCAACCGAUACCUGAUGCUGACGCUAUCACUCUUGCAAAUGUCGACUCUCCAAAGGCGGCGGCGACUAAGAAGAAGAGGGAGAGGAAACGCCCCCGUGACAAGAUAUUGCGAGACAUGAGAGCGGGAAAGACAGCGCUGGAAAUACGCAAGAGGUCUGUCUUUUUGGGGUACACUUAUAGACGACCGAUAUGCCCGGCACUCGCCCUCAGUCCAGAUCGUGGCCGUCAGAGAAUUGGCAGGGGGGGAUUUAAUGGACCUCUACGCCUACUAAGUGGGUUUUUGAGAUGGGUUUCUGGGAUGUUUGGUUGCAGUUCUUUCUAUUGA